CCCCCCCUCCACCGGGUUUCCUAUUUACCGAGAGCGGAGUCGCGGGUUCUGACGGUGGUGGAGCCCUUUGCCUCUCUUCGCUCACCAGCCGGCCCCGUUCUCCCGCGCGGGGCUCCGGCGCCCGCCCGUGGGCCGUGGGGCGCGGGAGAGGCGGAGGCGGCCCGAGGCUAAAGCACCCGCCAGGCGCCGAGGGGUAAUCUUUGGAGUUUGAAGCCUGAGCAAGAUAGCCUGUGUUCUUGAAGUAUACUGAAAAUAUAAUGUCACAUACGUCUACACACUUGUUUUUGAAUUUCUGUGUACUUUACACUCGAGGCCUGGAUAAUGCCAUCACAAUAGUUUGUCUAGUGACUAAAAAAAAAAAAAGACGUGGAAAACUGUAAAGACAGUCAAGUCAAAGAGAAUAUGAAACAGGUGUCAAAAUGACAUCCAGAUUUGGGAAAACAUACAGUAGGAAAGGAGGAAAUGGCAGUUCAAAGUUUGAUGAAGUCUUUUCCAACAAACGGACCACCCUUAGCACAAAGUGGGGAGAGACCACAUUUAUGGCUAAAUUAGGACAGAAGAGGCCCAAUUUCAAACCGGAUAUCCAAGAAAUUCCGAAGAAACCUAAGAUGGAAGAAGAAGAUACUGGAGAUCCUUUUGGAUUUGACAGUGAUGAUGAGUCUCUACCAGUUUCUUCAAAGAAUUUAGCCCAGGGUAAAGGUUCCUCUUAUUCAGAAUCUAGUGAAGCUGCUCAGCUGGAAGAUGUCACUUCUGUACUUGAAACUAAUAGCAAAAUUAGUCACGUGAUGGGUGAAGACAGUGUUGUAUCUGAUAAAUGCUUACGUUUGGAGGAUACUUUGCUUGGGAAAGAAAAGAGCACAAACCGUGUCUUAGAUGAUGAUGCAAGCAGAAGUAGCUGUGCUAAAUUAAUUACUUCAGAUAAAGUGGAGAACUUUAAUGAAGAACAUGAAAAAAAUAGUCACCAUAUUUGCAAAAAUGCUGAAGACAGUACUAAGAAACCCAAUGCAGAAACUACAGUGGCUUCUGGAUACAAAGCUGAUGAAAUCAAAGAAACAAAUGAUACUUGGAACUCCCAGCUUGGAAGAAGGUCAGAAUCUCCAUCAGAAACAUCUUCAAUCAAGGGAUCUGUAAGAACUGGUUUGUAUGAAUGGGAUAAUGACUUUGAAGAUAGCAGAUCAGAAGAUUGUAUUUUAAGUUUGGAUAGUGAUCCUCUUUUGGAGAUGAAGGAUGAGGAUUUUAAAAAUCGGUUGGAAAAUCUAAAUGAAGCCAUUGAGGAAGACAUCAUGCAAAGUGUUCUUAGGCCAAGCAACUGUAGGACGUAUUGUAGGGCCAAUAAAGCAAAAUCCUCACAAGGAGCAUCAAAUUUUGAUAAGCUAAUGGACGGCGCCAGUCAGGGCUUAGCCAAAGCAAACAGUGAAUCAAGUAAAGAUGGCCUGAAUCAGGCAAAGAAAGGCAGUGUAAGUUGUGGGACCAGUUAUAGAGGGACGGUUGGACGGACUAGAGAUUAUACUGUUUUACAUCCAUCUUGCUUGUCAGUUUGUAAUGUUACCAUACAGGAUACUAUGGAACGCAGCAUGGAUGAGUUCACUGCAUCAACUCCUGCAGAUUUGGGAGAAGCUGGCCGGCUAAGAAAAAAAGCAGAUAUUGCAACGUCUAAGACCACUACUAGAUUUCGACCUAGUAAUACUAAAUCUAAAAAAGAUGUUAAACUUGAAUUUUUUGGUUUUGAAGAUCAUGAUGAGACAGGAGGUGAUGAAGGAGGUUCUGGGAGUUCUAAUUACAAAAUUAAGUAUUUUGGCUUUGAUGAUCUCAGUGAAAGUGAAGAUGAUGAAGAUGAUGACUGUCAAGUGGAAAGAAAGACAAACAAAAAAAGAUCUAAAAUGGCUCCAUCACCCUCCUUGCAGCCUCCUCCAGAAAGCAGUGAUAAUUCCCAGGACAGUCAGUCUAGUACUAAUAAUGCAGAAAACUUGGAUUUUACAGAGGAUUUGCCCGGUGUGCCUGAAAGUGUGAAGAAGCCCCCCAAUAAACAAGGAGAUAAAUCAAAGGAAAAUACCAGAAAGAUUUUUAGUGGCCCCAAACGGUCUCCUACAAAAGCUGUAUAUAAUGCCAGGCAUUGGAAUCAUCCAGAUUCAGAAGAACUACCUGGGCCACCAGUAGUAAAACCUCAGAGUGUCACAGUGAGGCUGUCUUCAAAGGAGCAAAAUCAAAAAGAUGAUGGAGUUUUUAAGGCUCCUGCACCACCACCCAAAGUGAUAAAAACUGUGACAAUACCUACUCAGCCCUACCAAGAUAUAGUUACUGCACUGAAAUGCAGAAAAGAAGACAAAGAAUUGUAUACUGUUGUUCAGCACGUGAAGCACUUCAAUGAUGUGGUGGAAUUUGGUGAAAAUCAAGAGUUCACUGAUGACAUUGAGUACUUGUUAAGUGGCUUAAAGAGCACUCAGCCUCUAAACACACGUUGCCUUAGUGUUAUUAGCUUGGCUACUAAAUGUGCCAUGCCCAGUUUUCGAAUGCACCUGAGAGCACAUGGAAUGGUAGCAAUGGUCUUUAAAACCUUGGAUGAUUCCCAGCAUCAUCAGAAUCUGUCCCUUUGUACAGCUGCCCUCAUGUACAUACUGAGUAGAGAUCGUUUGAACAUGGAUCUUGAUAGAGCUAGCCUAGAUCUAAUGAUUCGACUUCUAGAACUGGAACAAGAUGCUUCUUCAGCUAAGCUGCUGAAUGAAAAAGACAUGAACAAAAUAAAAGAAAAAAUUCGAAGGCUCUGUGAAACUGUACACAACAAGCACCUUGAUCUAGAAAAUAUAACGACUGGGCAUUUAGCUAUGGAGACAUUACUGUCCCUUACUUCUAAACGAGCCGGAGACUGGUUUAAAGAAGAACUACGGCUUUUGGGUGGUCUGGAUCAUAUUGUAGAUAAAGUUAAAGAAUGUGUGGAUCAUUUAAGUAAAGAUGAGGAUGAAGAGAAACUAGUAGCCUCAUUAUGGGGAGCAGAGAGAUGUUUACGAGUCUUAGAAAGUGUAACAGUGCAUAAUCCAGAGAAUCAAAGCUACUUGAUAGCAUAUAAAGAUUCACAACUCAUUGUUUCAUCAGCUAAAGCAUUACAGCAUUGUGAAGAAUUGAUUAAGCAGUAUAACCGUGCUGAGAACAGUAUAUGCUUACCUGACAGUAAGCCUCUGCCUCACCAGAAUGUAACUAAUCACGUGGGCAAAGCAGUGGAAGACUGCAUGAGGGCCAUCAUUGGGGUGUUGCUCAAUUUAACUAAUGAUAAUGAAUGGGGCAGCACCAAAACAGGAGAACAGGAUGGCUUGAUUGGCACAGCGAUGAACUGUGUGCUUCAGGUUCCAAAGUACCUACCUCAGGAGCAGAGAUUUGAUAUUCGAGUGCUGGGUUUAGGUCUACUGAUCAAUCUAGUGGAGUAUAGUGCUCGGAAUCGGCACUGUCUUGUCAACAUGGAAACAUCGUGUUCUUUUGAUUCUUCCUUCUGUAGUGGAGAAGGAAAUGAUAGUUUAAGGAUAGCUGGACAAGUUCACGCAGUUCAGGCAUUAGUGCAGCUAUUCCUUGAGCGAGAGCGAGCAGCACAGUUGGCAGAAAGUAAAACAGAUGAAUUGAUCAAAGAUGCUCCCACCACUCAGCAUGAUAAGAGUGGAGAGUGGCAAGAAACAAGUGGAGAAAUACAGUGGGUAUCAACUGAAAAGACUGAUGGUACAGAAGAGAAACAUAAGAAGGAGGAGGACGAUGAAGAACUUGACCUCAAUAAAGCCCUUCAGCAUGCUGGCAAACACAUGGAGGAUUGCAUUGUGGCCUCAUACACAGCACUACUUCUCGGGUGUCUCUGCCAGGAGAGUCCAAUCAAUGUGACCACUGUGCGUGAGUAUCUGCCAGAAGGGGACUUUUCAAUAAUGACAGAGAUGCUCAAAAAAUUCUUGAGCUUCAUGAAUCUUACUUGUGCUGUUGGAACCACAGGCCAGAAAUCUAUCUCUAGAGUGAUUGAAUACUUGGAACAUUGCUAGCUGCUUUACCUUUGCUUCAGGUGCUCGGUAAUGCUGGAGCUAUUCUUAGACAAAGAAAAGUCACGAAAGAAGUCCUUGAAGAUAUACCAAGAACAUUCAUCAGUAUCAUUGAUAUGUGGAUUUUUAAGGCCACCUGAUUUCUUCUUCGUCAUGCAUUCUGCAUUUGCUAAAUGACAGUUACUACAUCAAUCUGCAACUAUCAAAAAUGAGGGAAAAGGUUCAGGCUGUUAACAGUUCCACACAGUAUUUAAACACACUUUGGCAGAAUUUAUACUCUCCCCUUGUUUUCUUGCUUUUAUUCUGGGCAAGUUUUAAGGGGAAAAUUUGUGCUGCUGUUAGUGCAACUGCUGUGUAUGUUGAGCCACUGUUGUCAUGCCAGCCAGGUGCAAAGGCAGCUUAGCUACUGAGGUAUCGAAUGUUCUGGGGACAUUCUAGACAACAGCUUAGUUCCUUUUUCAGGCUCAUUUGCUUUUGCUUUUUUGUUGAAUGAUUCCGAUCGUAAAUAAAGCUUUUAAUAAUUUUGUGAA